AUGGUGCACUGGACAGCCGAGGAGAAGCAGCUCAUCACCAGUGUCUGGAGCAAGGUCAACGUGGAGGAAUGCGGUGCCGAGGCCCUGGCCAGGCUGCUGAUUGUCUACCCCUGGACCCAGAGAUUCUUCGCUUCAUUCGGGAACCUCUCCAGCCCCACCGCCAUCACCGGCAACCCCAGGGUCCGUGCCCAUGGCAGGAAAGUGCUCACCUCUUUUGGGGAAGCCGUGAAGAACCUGGAUAACAUUAAAUCGACCUACUCCAAGCUGUCUGAGCUUCACUGCGACAAGCUGCAUGUGGACCCCGAGAAUUUCAGGCUCCUUGGAGACAUCUUAAUCAUUGUCCUGGCUUCCCACUUUGCCAGGGAUUUCACCCCUGCUUGCCAGUUUGCCUGGCAAAAGCUGGUCGGUGUCGUGGCUCACGCUCUGGCCCGCAAGUACCACUGA